AUGAGCGGCAGGCUCGUCGCGGGCCGGGUAGCCACGCUCGCACGCCGCUCAUCACCACUUCUGACCCCACGCUUUUACACGACGCACUCACUCCCCGCAGGCGGAUUACUCCGCAACGAAGCCGGGCUACGUCUGGUGAAGCGCAGACCGUGGCCGCUAGGGAGCUACGCGCUGCAUAAUGUCCCCGCUACACGCUCGAUAUCAUUCGCAAGGGUAAUACCAAAGUUGGUGGGCAAGUUUGCGACCAUUGGAGCUGCUACAGGAGGGGCUGUCAUUGCUGGUGUUUCCUACAUCCAGUAUCAGGCCGGUCAGGCAGGAACCUUUGCGCUCGACCUCUUUCACCGAACCAAAGAUGGCGCCACCGAAUUCGCUGGCGGGGCACUCAGCACCGCCAACGGAUUCUUCGAUCAGCUAGAAAAGGGGCUCAAGUCGACCAAGGAGGAGCUUGGAGGCGUAAAGUACCCCGAAUGGCUGCAAAAUCUGCUUGACAAGAACGAAUCCGGCGGUGCUGGAGGCAAUGGCGGCGGCAGAGGUCCACAAGAACCCAAACAGAGUGGUGCUGGAUCGGCGGCUGCUGGUGCAUCGACGGCCGCUGCGUUUGGAUAUGCACAGGAAGACGAUGAGGACACGCCGCAAGCGGAGAAGAUUGCACGGGACGAGCAGAUGAUGAUGCUCACCAAGAAGAUGAUUGAGAUAAGGGGUCUGCUACAGACGGUCGGUCAGUCGGAUUCGCUCACCCUACCGUCUAUUGUCGUCAUCGGAUCGCAGUCGUCCGGAAAGAGUUCAGUAUUGGAGGCCAUCGUAGGCCACGAAUUCCUGCCCAAGGGUCACAACAUGGUCACACGACGGCCCAUUGAACUCACUCUCGUCAACACGCCCGACACGCAUGCCGAAUACUGCGAGUUCCCAGCACUUGGCCUGGGUAAAGUCACAGACUUCAGCCACGUGCAAAAGACGCUCACUGACCUGAAUUUGGCUGUACCGGCUAGCGACUGUGUAUCCGACGAUCCCAUCCAGCUGAGAAUAUACUCGCCAAACGUUCCCGAUCUCUCGUUGAUUGAUCUACCUGGAUACAUCCAAGUCGUUGGCAGAGACCAGCCCCCGCAGCUCAAGGAGAAGAUCUCACAGCUGUGCGAGAAGUACAUCAGGGCACCCAAUGUCAUCCUUGCCAUUUCGGCAGCUGACGUCGAUCUGGCCAACAGCACCGCUCUGCGCGCGUCAAGACGAAUGGAUCCUCGAGGGGAGCGAACAAUCGGUGUUAUUACAAAGAUGGACCUCGUAGACGCCGAGCGUGGCGCCAGCCUCCUUACUGAUCAAAAGUAUGCCCUGCGCCUCGGAUACGUCGGUGUUGUGUGCCGUGUACCAGCCGGCGCUGGAGGCUCCAAGCUCUUCAGUCGCGGCAAUGGGAACAUCACGAAUGCCAUCACAAAGAAUGAAAAAGCAUACUUCGGAUCACAUCCAGAGUUCUCCGAACGUCAGGAACUUGCUGUCGGAACCCAAAACUUGAAGAAGAAGCUCAUGCACGUGCUCGAGCAGACCAUGGCUGGUAGUCUAAAAACGACCAGUGAAGCCAUCCAAAGAGAGCUGGAGGAUGCAAGAUACGAGUUCAAAGUACAGUACAACGAGCGUCCUAUCAGUGCCGAGUCCUACCUCGCCGAGUCAUUGGAUGCUUUCAAGCAUUCUUUCCGUGGUUUCACGGAGCAAUUUGGUCGUCAACAAGUGCGUGACUUACUCAAGCACGAGCUGGAUCAACAGGUGCUCAACCUGCUUGCACAACGUUACUGGAACAGGCCUUUCGAUGAUCUCACGGGCCCUUUCCCCGAAAUCGAACCCCUUGCCGACCUUCCAAAAGCGGACCUAGAAGCGGAAAAUUCCGCCUGGCGGCUCAAGCUCGACGCUUCCAGCGCUGCGCUCACGAAACUUGGUGUUGGACGCUUGGCAACUAAUGUAGUCGCAAGCGCACUACAGGCACACAUUGACCGGCUUAUCUCCAACUCUCGCUUCAAUGCUCAUCCAUUCGCACGGAAAGCCAUCACUGAUGCCUCAAACUCCAUUCUGAAGGACCUUUCAUACGACAUCUCCGAUGAGCUAGAGAUUUGCAUCAAACCUUACAAGUACCGCAUCGAAGUCGAAGACAAUGAAUGGACCAAGGGUCGAGAGAACGUGACUGCUGUAUUAAAGGAUGAAUUGAAGGUUGUUGAGUCCGCAGUCAAGCAGCUUGAAGAUCAAGUCGGCGGACGCAAGCGAGUUCGGGACGUCAUGUCCUUUAUCGACCGCGUACGAAGUGGUCAGGUUGUCCUUGAAGGAGACGGUGUCGGCGGUGCUGGUGGCUUCAGCUCUGCACUCCUUGCCAAAGGUCGUGAAGCAGUCUUCUUACGCGAUCGCAUCGACGUGCUCAAACUCCGCCUCAUGGCCAUCAAGAGCAAACAAUGCGCCAGCAAAAAGAACAAAUACUACUGCCCCGAAGUUUUCCUCGACGCCGUGGCUGAUAAGCUCACCACAACCGCCGACCUCUUCCUCGACGCAGAGCUCCUAUCAAAGUUUUACUACAUCUUUCCCCGUGAACUUGACGCCCGCCUCGGCCGCGGCCUCUCACAGGAGGAAAUCGACCGCUUCGCCAAAGAAGAUCCUAAGAUAAAACGCCAUCUCGACGUCGUUCGCCGCAAGGAUCUACUAGAACACGUCCUCAAGGAGAUGGAGGGCCUCCGCCAGCUCGAGCAAAGGGAGAAGCGCAUAAUGGGCCGUGGUCGAGACGACAGGGACGAGCGACGCAAGAAGGGCUGGAGCAUGUUUUAG